GGUUCAGCUGCCGCGGAGGAUGGAGCGCUUCUCAGGCCGCCGCGCCCUGGUGACGGGUGCAGGCAAAGGGAUCGGCAGGGCUGUGGCGGUACGGCUGAGCCACGCGGGGGCUCAGGUGGUGGCGGUGAGCCGGACCCAGGCAGAUCUCGAGAGCCUGCAAAAAGAGUGCCCAGGCAUCCAGACAUUGUGCGUUGAUCUCGCAGACUGGGAAGCUACAGAGGCUGCAUUAAGCACAGUAGAAGAUAUUGAUUUGUUAGUGAAUAAUGCUGCUGUGGCAGUUUUGCAGCCAUUCCUAGAGGUGACUAAGGAGGCCUUUGACAGAUCUUUCAAUGUCAAUCUUCGGGCUGUGCUGCAAGUCUCCCAGAUUUUUGCCCAGAAACUGAUUGCCAGAGGAGCACCUGGAGUUAUUGUCAAUGUUUCAAGCCAGGUUUCUCAACGGGCUAUGUUAAAUCACACUGUCUAUUGUGCAACCAAGAGUGCCUUGGAUAUGCUGACAAAGUCAAUGGCUCUAGAAUUAGGCACCCAUAAGAUUCGGGUAAAUUGUGUGAACCCCACAGUUGUCAUGACAAACAUGGGACGCCAAAAUUGGAGUGAUCCCCAGAAAUCUGGACCUAUGCUUAGCCGCAUUCCGUUGGGAAAAUUUGCAGAAGUGGAUGAGGUGGUAAACGGUAUCCUGUUCUUAUUGAGCGACCAAAGCAACAUGACCACUGGUGCCACAUUACCCAUUGAUGGAGGAUUCCUCUCCAGCUAGAAUACCUUGUUGGGUAAAUUUGUUUGGGAUGAAUAGCCCAAAUUCUUCAUGAUUUAUCCGGUUUAUAGUCUUUUUCAAAAUACUGAAGAUCAUGAAAUGGAACAAUAUGAUAUACCAAUAAAUCAUAAAAGUAG